AUGCUCAACAGUUUAUUUAUCGUCAAUACUUCUGGGUUUGUUGUGUUCUUCGAAUUUCUAAUUUGCUACUUAAAAAAAGUUUUAAAAAUCUGUCUCGAUUAGUGUAUUUUAUACAGCAAAGAAAAAUUGUGGUUCAUGAGAUAAUCGAAAAAAUUUCCAGCGACGUCAUUCUUGAAAAACAUUGGAAAUCGGUUAUCCAUCGUUCGAUUUGUGAUUAUUUUUUUGAUCUACAGAAAAAGGUACGUUUUUUUCUUGAGAUGUUUAAAUAAUCACUUUUAGGAGAGUUCUCCGGAAGACGUACCGCCAAUUAUUUCCACGCCUCAUCAUUAUCUAAUCAAUGUUUAUCACAACCAACUUUAUUUAUUGGCAGUUGUCACGACGGAAAGUUAGCAUUUAACUUAAAAAUUAAGCUUAAAAAUCCCAAUUUCAGCCCCUCCAUUGAUGGUUAUAGAGUUUUUACAUAGGGUCAUUCAAACCUUUGUGCAAUAUUUCGGCGAAUGUUCCGAUUCUUCGAUGAAGGAGAACUGUGUCAUUGUUUUUGAGGUGCGCUAUAAUCCACAAAAAAGAAACAAAUUGAACGUUUCAGUUGCUAGACGAAAUGCUUGAUAACGGGUUCCCACUUGUGACUGAGCUAAACAUUCUCCAAGACUUGAUCAAACCUCCAAACUUCUUGCGCAACAUUGCCAAUCAGGUAGAAAAUUAACAGUAACUGUCCUUUUUCUCAUCAAUACUUCCUCAAAUUCCUUUGUUUGUCUCAUUAUUAUGAAGUCCAAAAUACAUUGCAGGUUACUGGAAGAACAAAUCUCUCGGAGACGUUGCCAAGCGGACAACUUUCCAACAUUCCGUGGCGUCGACAUGGCGUCAAGUACACCAACAACGAAGCGUAUUUCGAUGUAAUCGAAGAGAUUGACGUCAUUCUUGAUAAACAAGGAACUACCGUUUCUUCAGAGAUCCAAGGAUAUGUAAGUAAACUGAUUUUGAGGAAAAUAAUAAAAUAUUCAUGCAAAAACAUUUCCAGGUUGACGUCUGUUGCAAACUAUCGGGAAUGCCGGACCUCACGAUGACUUUGGUGAAUCCGCGACUUCUUGACGACGUUUCGUUUCACCCUUGCGUUAGGUACAAGCGUUGGGAAGUAAGACUUGUUACUACCAAGAAAGGACCAAAAAACGAUUUUCAGAAUGAGAAAGUGCUUUCCUUCGUGCCACCUGAUGGAAAUUUCCGUCUUCUUUCUUACCACAUUGCUGCUCAAAAGUAGGAAUUCACUUGAAAAUAGAUAAAAUAUUGCAUUCUUUCAGUAUGGUUGCUAUUCCAGUUUACGUCCGACAUGUGAUAUUAUUAAAGCCAGUCGGAGGCAAGAUGGAACUGACAGUCGGACCAAAGCAAAGCAUGGGAAAGAUGGUUCUUGAUUCAGAGGGAUUCAAGUGAAUCAUUCUUCAAAUUUCAGCUUGAAGACGUCGUUCUGGAAAUGACCAUGCCGAAAGCCGUCCAAAAUUGCAAUGUUGUUCCGUCACAUGGAAAGUGCAGUUUCGAUCCUACUACCAAGUUGUUGCAUUGGAAUAUCGGCAAAAUCGAGUUAGGCAAGCCGCCAACCCUCAAAGGACCGGUAAAUAAUUUUGCCAAAGCUAUGACUUGAUUUUUUGUAGGUUUCUGUGACCGGCACUGCAGCUUUAGAUUCUCCACCGAUCUCAAUCAAGUUCAAAAUCAAUCAAUUGGCUGUCAGUGGAAUGAAAGUUGGUUGUAUGGAAAUUGACACCAAAAUCAUAAAAAUGUUCAGGUAAACCGUCUGGAUAUGUAUGGCGAAAAGUACAAACCAUUCAAAGGUGUCAAGUACAUUACGAAGGCGGGAAAAUUCACCAUUCGCACUUAAAUGAAUUAGAUUCAAUUUAACUCUUUCCUCUUACAACUAACUCGUUUUUCGAUCUCGCAGCAGGGCUGAUUUAUUUGAAUUUUAUUUAUAAUUUAUUUUUACUGUUUCUUCUAUGUUGAUGUAAUAUAUUUCAAAUAUAUUAGCUUGUCAAAAUUUUUCAUGGAAUAUUUAUUGUUUGUUAAUAAAAAAAUGUGUUGUUUUUGCUUAUUACGUUUUUUCUUUGGUUUCCACCUACAGGGCGCAAUAUUUGGUUCAAAUGCAGAAAUUGAAAAAAAAAAACUACACUUUUUCAGAAUGCUUAUUUUUUUGCUUUUUGUCGCCUUGGCAGUUUCGCAAACGGAACAAGUGGUUUUCUUUUUAGUGUUUUUUAUGAAUAUCUCCUUUCAGAAAUUUGGAGCCAAGCCAAAUAUAGAUGACGAUUAUCGUUUCCCACCAAACAUAAUUACCAUUGAUUCGAUCGUCGACGAAUACAAAAGCUUAUCUGUCCAAGAAGCCGAGGAACGAAACUUCAACGGUCCUGUUUUGGCCUAUGUUACUCCUGUAAGUAUGACAAAAUACAUCAGGAAUAAACUUUGGUGUAGUGGAAUAAUCGUGGAUACGACCUAGCCAAGAAAACAACGAAGAAGUUGACGCACAUCGCUCCAGUAUGGUUUCAGGUGGCCUUUCAGCCAUGAAUUUUUGAUCAAAGUGCAAGCUUCAGGCAAAACCGGAAUACAGGGACAGCAAGCUCCACUGUAAAAUUGAGGGUAGCCACGACAUUGAUCGAAGUAUAUUUUAUCACCUGAAAAGAUAAUUUCUAACAUUUUAGGUUGGAUCGAAGCUCUGGUAUCCAAUAACCCAAGCAUCUCGAUUGUUCCUCGAAUUUUGUUCGAAGGCUGGGGCCAAUCAGCUGUGGAAUUUUUGCGCGACAGUUCCGCUCAAACACGUUGUGCUCGAGAAAUCGUUGACUUUUACAGUGUAAACUGAAAAAAUGGAAUUUUUUCUACAAAUAUUUCACAGAGAAAUCAGUUCAACGGAGCUGUUAUUGAAGCUUUUGCUCCAUUGCUUUUUUCCACGGGAUCACUGGAAUACAGAGAGUUUGUUGAACUUUAAAGUCAAAAUUUCCAAUAAACAUUGCAGAAUGACUUACGAGGCCAUGGAAGAACUUGCGAAUCGAUUUAAAAAAGCAUCACUCGAGGUGAUCUUCCCCGUGAAGACGCCAAUCGAUGACUCCGGGUUUGCACAAAAAUCUUUCUUCGACUGUCUUUUUUUGCAGAAGAGCAAAUAAUCUUUAUGGAAAUAGAGAUUUCAAACGACUUACCGAUAUUUCAACUUUCAUACAGGUACCAUAUUGGGAAUUUUUGAAAGAGUAAAGAGGUUCAGGGCGAUCCGUCCCUAAAAUCGUUUAGGGUAUCGAGAUUCGUUUUUUCGGUUUUUGAGUGAUUUUUAUACAAAAAUUGUUGAUUUAUAAAGUUUUUCAAACUCAUAUAAGGGUAAUUUAUCAAUUUGUUAAUAGCCUUGCGGAAAAAUAAAAGUUGCAAACAUCAAUACAACUUUUACAGAUAGAAACUUACGAUUAUCCAGCUGGUAAACUUUUUGGAGUAUCUCCCUACGACUGGGUUUACAAAAACCAAUUUAAAACUAAAAAAAAUUAUUUUAGGUAGCAGAAAUAUUGAAAUUUGCUCAAAAAGAAGGUGCAAACAUGAAGAAGAUUCUGAUGGGAAUGAACUUUUACGGUUACGAAUUCAAAGGGGUCAGUGAUCCUUCAAGUGGAGACAUCGUUCCAACGGAAAAUUUCGAGCACAUAAUCAACAACAAGUUGGUUUCUCAGAAUAUUAUGAGACAAUUUUAUUCUUUUUGAGGUUUUUGGAUAUCGUUAAGUCCGGAGAAGCCGAGAUCAACUGGGACGAGAACUCUUGGGAGCACUACUUUGUUCACAGGUUUGUAGUUUUGAGAGCUGAAUUAAAUCAAGAGAAAGUUGAAUUCAAUGUGAACUUUUGAGUUUCUUGAAAGUACUCGACGAAUUGAAAAAAAGUCCUAAAGUUGUAAGCACUCAGAUUUGAUGAAAACAUUUCUUAGUCUCAACUUGCAGCAUGUUUUCAAAGUCGUCAAAAAAUUUUAAAGUGAUUAAAAAUAACUUCUAUCAGUCUAAUAAUAGUUGAAAGAUAAUUUAUUUCUUUCGUUCUUAAAUACGUAAUUUUUCAGAAGAUCUGUCGUAUACUACCCCACACUUUCAUCAAUUGAGUUGAGAAUAAAGCUGGCUGACUAUUUCAAGAGUGGUAUUGCCAUCUGGGACUACGGUCAAGGCCUUGAUUAUUUUCUUCGCGCUUUUUGA